AUGACAUUUUUAAAAAGGGGACGAAGACAGUUGCAAAGUCUUAGACUUUUCAACUUUCAGGUAGAAAAAAGCAAAAUAAAACCAGAAGAGAAGCAAAACGAGAUUCCAAUGAAUCAAAGGGAAAAGCGAAUGAGCAAAUUCAAUACAAUGAUCAUUACAAAACUUGAAGCUCCAAAUGACAAUCAACCGCCGAUACGAAAACGAUCAAUACCGAUUUGA